GGGCGGUGCCAAGAUGGACGCGCCCUGGGCUCGCGAGCAGCUCCGCCGGCGCUACCUGCUGCCCGCCGACGCCGAGAUCCGGCUGGACCGCGAGGGCGACGCCGGGCGGGAAAGCUCUACAACUGUUGAGAGAAAGGAGAAACCUCUUCCAAGACUUAAUGUCCAUUCUGGCUUCUGGAUUUUAGCAUCCAUCGUUGUGACCUAUUAUGUCGACUUCUUUAAAACCCUUAAGGAAAACUUUCACACCAGUAGUUGGUUUCUCCUGGGCGCUGCUUUGCUGCUCGUGAGUUUGGCCGUGGCCGCCUUCUGCAUCGUCUACCUGGAGUGGUACCAUGGCAUUGUGGAGUAUGACGUCAAGUACCCGACACUGGUGCCCAUCACGACUGCCACUUUCAUUGCAGCGGGAAUUUGUUUCAACAUUGCUCUGUGGAACGUGUGGUCGUUCUUCACUCCACUGCUGCUGUUCACCCAGUUCAUGGGGGUCGUCAUGUUCAUCUCACUCCUUGGAUGAGGCGAAGCUUGGAGGACGUGGACAUUCGGACGUUCCACCCGCUGAAGGCCUUGCGGACAGUGGAAAAGCUGCGGUGUGUUCGUGUGUCUUCGAAGUGCUACCUGGGACUCCUGGGAAAGCUUCAGCUUUGAAGCUCUGUUGUUGAAGUUAGGAUAAAAUUUAUUUGUUUGCCCAAAUGAUUAUUCAAUUUUUCAGAAGUCUGUGUUACGUAGAAAUAACUAUUUUAAGAAGUUAAUCUGAAUUUUUGGAAGAAGUGGUAGUUUUCAUUGUAGGUAUAUAACAUGCUCUGACUAUUUUGAUAAAUGCUGCUUUUCUUAACAGAUAGGCAGUGUAUUGUCUAAAAUGCCCGGAUGUGUGUGCGGAGGAAUGGUGUUGCCGUGUGCCUUUAGGCCUGCUCUGGUGAUUGCUGUGUAGCUCCCCUUACAGUAGCUUUGUCAGGUGGCGGGGCCAAAUCGAAAUGUCGUGUCUUCUCAUCACUUUUGAUUUUACCGUUGUGUACAUUACUGGAUUUUUAGCAUUUUUAACUUCAACUUUGAAUUAUUUUAUGUAUGUAUUUUU